CCCCUCCUCCUCCAGUGCCCUCCUCUUCAGAGUUGCUGCUCCUCACAGCACCCCCUCCUCCUCUGAGUGGAUCCUGCCCCGAGCUCUUCUUCCUCCUCAGGGAUCCUCCUCCGGUUCCUGCUGGGCUCCCGACACCUCUUGCCUCUCCUGGCUGGGCUUCAGAACGCACCGGUGGCUGGAGUGAGGACCAAGAGGUGUUUCCAGAGAAAGAGAGCAGCAGGGCAGCCAUGAGGCUGCUGACCGGGACUGAGCUGUGGUCCGUGGCCAUAUUCAUGGUCAUCUUCCUGCUUCUGGUGGACCUGAUGCACCGGCGCCAGCGCUGGACUGCCCGCUACCCCCCAGGCCCUGUGCCCUUGCCUGUGCUUGGGAACCUGAUGCAGGUGGACUUCCAGAAUAUGCCAGCGGGCUUCCAAAAGCUGCGAAGCCGCUUUGGGGACCUGUUCAGCCUCCAGCUGGCCUUUGAGUCAGUGGUUGUACUGAACGGGCUGACAGCCCUGCGUGAGGCACUGGUGAGAUACAGCGAGGACACUGCUGACCGGCCACUGCUGCACACCAAUGACCACUUGGGCUUUGGACCACGCUCUCAAGGUGUGGUCCUAGCACAGUACGGGCCUGCCUGGCGUCAGCAGCGGCGAUUCUCUGUGUCCACCUUCCGUCACUUUGGCCUGGGCAAGAAGUCACUGGAGCAGUGGGUGACUGAGGAGGCCAGAUGCCUCUGUGCUGCCUUCACUGACUAUACCGGACGUCCUUUGAGCCCUAACGCUCUACUGGACAAAGCAGUGUGUAACGUGAUCGCAUCCCUCCUCUAUGCCUGCCGCUUUGAGUACGAUGACCCACGCUUCAUCAGGCUACUGGACUUGCUGAAAGAGACUCUCGAGGAGGAAGCUGGCUUCCUGCCCAUGUUCCUGAAUGUGUUCCCGGUACUCCUGCACAUCCCAGGGCUGCCUGGCAAGGUCUUCUCUGGGAAAAAGGCCUUCAUGGCCAUUCUGGAUGAGCUGCUAACUGAACACAAGACAACCCGGGACCCUACCCAGCCACCCCGAGACCUGACGGAUGCCUUCCUGGAGGAGGUGGAGAAGGCCAAGGGGAACCCUGAGAGCAGCUUCAAUGAUGAGAACCUGCGUAUUGUGGUGGCUGACUUGUUCAUGGCGGGGAUGGUGACCUCUUCGACCACACUGGCCUGGGCCCUGCUGCUCAUGAUCCUGCACCCGGAUGUGCAGCGCCGUGUCCAACAGGAGAUCGAUGAAGUCAUAGGCCAGGCACGGUGUCCAGAGAUGGCAGACCAGGCCUCCAUGCCCUACACCAAUGCUGUCAUUCAUGAGGUGCAGCGAUUUGGUGACAUCCUCCCACUUGGUGUGCCUCACAAGACAUCUCGUGACAUUGAAAUGCAGGGCUUCCUCAUCCCGAAGGGAACGACCCUCAUCCCCAACCUGUCCUCCGUGCUGAAGGAUGAGACUGUCUGGGAGAAGCCCCUCCAGUUCCAUCCUGAACACUUUCUGGAUGCCCAGGGCCGCUUUGUGAAGCAUGAGGCCUUCAUGCCAUUCUCUGCAGGCCGCAGAGCAUGCCUGGGAGAGCCUCUGGCCCGCAUGGAGCUCUUCCUCUUCUUCACCUGCCUCCUGCAGCGCUUUAGCUUCUCAGUGCCUGAAGGACAGCCCCGGCCCAGCGACCAGGGCAUCUUUGGUGCUCUGACAACCCCAUCGCCCUACCAGCUCUGUGCUUUACCCCGCUGAGAGGAGGUACGAAAUCUCAUUCACUACCCUGCUGGGGUCCUAAUGUACAAUAAAUCAUUUCACUCUGAACUAAAUCAUCCCUGUGAGAUCUCCAGGCUGUAAUGGCCCUCAGCAGCCUCCCUUUGGACAUUCCCAACCCCCUACUUAUUCUUACAAGGCCAUUUCACCCCAGUGGAAGGACUGGUCUGUUAAACCUCAGAGAAUGACAGCUACCUUUUCCCCUGCCCUCACAUUUCUCACCCAAAUUGAUCAUGUUUGUACUCAGAUGCCAACAUCUGGAAGGAGGGCCUGGACUGCUGAUAGGUGGCAGUGUAAGUCACAUAGAAGGGAAGGGCGGGAUUCCUCCUAGAAGCCCCCAUUUCAGACUCGCUUCCACCUGCCACACAGCUGAGGCUAACUGCUCAGUGAACAUCAUCACAUCUUUCACUGAACUUCUAUGACAUCCCAGAGAUGUAGAGAAGUCAGGGAGGCUGAAAGUGAUAUGCCAGGUUAAGUGUCCAAGGUUAGCCAUCAGGUACCAGGUCCUUCCCUAAAAGGCUUUGUGGGAGUCCAGAAGGGGGUUACCUCCCAAGCUUCUUAGUUACCACUAAUUCUAUGACCUGUCAGGGUUACUGCUGUCCAGGCCUUUGCACAGUGCUUCUGAGACCAGACUUGGUAGAACCAGCAAACCUCGGUGUCGUAACAGGUUCCCAGACCUUAGCACAACCUUUUCCAUGAUGGAAGUACCAUUCAGGCCAUAAAACUGAACACACUGACAGCACCUCUUAGUUCUGGGAAAGUCUCUAAUUGUACUAACCUUGCUUUUUGGCUUCUGUGGCUCUGCUUCUGGCUAACUGUUCUUGUUAACUGAUAUUAUCAACCUAUGAUAUGGUUUUUGUACUUAAAAGCUCACCCUGAGAAAGGCUCGGGACUGCACUGGGAUCCUGGAAAUCCAGUGUAGUUGCCAACCGGCUAAUAAAGACUUUCUAUUGGCUUAAAUUU